AUGAAUCCGCACAAGAUGAACAAGGUCGACCUCUCGCAACUGAACGAGCAGGAGCAGAAGGCCUUCCAGAUGUACGGAAAGCUUCCCCAGAAGAACCUCCUGAGUAAGAUCAACAAGGAGCGCAAGUACUUUGAUUCGGGCGACUACAUGAUGUCCAAGGCCGGCGUCUCGCCCCCUCAACCUCUUGGCACUGCGAUCCCUACCCCCGAAGGUGUCCCGCACGCCUCUCCCCCCACCAACGGCCAACUCUCCUCCUCGCCCACCAACUCGAACUCAAUCCCGGACCAGGCCGCGCGCCGUCCGUCACAAGCAAUCGUCGGCAUGGGUAUCUCUCCCGCCGCCGAGAGUGAGGCCAUGGGUAUCCCUGGCUCUCACCAGCGUAGGGGCUCUGAAAGGUGCGCAGAGGCGUUUGGUGCGGCAGCGCUGACUCCCCGCAGCCACUCUCGUAUUUCUCCCCCGGGAACGUUCCGUGAAGGCGUUCCUCCCCAGUCCUCAUACCCGAUCCACCACGGCAACUUUGGCUCGUCGCCCGUCAAGACGAGUGCGCUUGCUCGCCGGACCGACGAGGAAAUGUAA